AUGAUGUAUAUGCCAGCAACAACAGCAGCUAUGCCAGUUAUGCUGCAAGAAACACAACAACCCCAACUGCAAUCGUCAUCACGCUACUAUAUGCUACAAACGGCACCUGUUAUUCCAGCUGUACCAGUUCUGAAUACAACAUAUAUCUAUCCGCGAUAUGGAUUCGUACCUAAACCAGUUGAAACAUCUGUUACCAAAGAUGAAAUUGAAAAAAUGCAGCCAACACAAAUAUUCGAGCUUUCACAACCAGUGCAACAUGUUGUACAUCAUCACGUACAGCCAUGUGGAACAAAAACAUGUCCGGGUUAUUGUGAAUUAUGUUGUCCAUGGACCGAACAACCUCAAGCACGAUCAACUUCACCAAAACCUAAUGAACAUCAUCAUCAUCACCAUCGACAUUCUCGCCGUGAUGAAUUCGAACGUGAUGAAUUUGAUCAAACACAUCCAUCAAAUCACGAAACAAUCGAUGAAAAAAUAGAACGAAUUCGACGUGAAUUACGUGACAAUUCAUUACCACGACGUAACCAAUCAACCGACACCACUGAUAUUAUUGAACAUCAUCAUAUUCAUCCUCGAUCACGUUCAAAUUCUCGUCCACGUAGUGCAUCAGCAACACGUGGUCCAUGGCGUUCAUCAAAUCAAAAUGAUUAUCCAUGGCGUGAUUCUCAUUUACCAGCUUAUCGUGAAGCAACCUUCGCUCGUGCUCAAACGCCUGUUGACGAAACUCGUGUAUGGAAAGAAACAGCACAUGAACGUAGCCAUCAAAAUACAAAACAUCCAACAACAUAUUAUAGUAAAAAAGAUUAUGUUUAUCGACCAAAAUCCGAAGUUGAAGCACGUAAAUAUUAUGUACAAUCAACAGGCAAAGAUCCCGAUCGUGAAGUUCAUCAAGCAUUACGUGGUGGCACAACAACAUAUAAAUAUAACGAUGCAGCAACAUCUUACUAUGAUAAACAUCAAAGUACAAGUUAUGAUCAUUCAUUUUAUUCCGAUUUACCAAAAUCAACAACAACCAAAACGCAUACAUUAAGAAAAGUCGAUUCAACAAAUCAUCAUAAUUUAUACGCAUGUAAUGAACCUUGUUUACAUGUCGUACCUAAAAAUGGUAGUACAUCAGAUCCACCUUAUAUGAAAAUUCUUAAUGCACCCGUAACAUAUCUUCAUUAA